UUUUCCUGCAUCCGGGCCUGGAGCGGCUGCUCUCAAGACUGGCGAGCAGCAUGGAGGCCCGUGGCGAAUCCCAGUCCGACGCGAGCUGUUCGUCGUUUUCCCGGGACGGCUCCGGGGUCUCGGUGUCCAGGGAACUGCUGACGGCGGGCAGCGGCGGCCGCGGAGGUAUAUGGGACAGGUUGCUCAUCAACUCCAAGCCUAAUUCCAGAAAGAAUUCCACUCUUCAAACAGUUCGGAUAGAGAGGAGUCCCUUAUUGGACCAAGUACAGAGCUUUCUCCCACAGAUGGCUCAGGCAAACGAAAAGCUAAGGAAAGAAAUGGCAGCUGCACCACCUGGUCAUUUCAAUAUUGAAAAUAUUGACGAGACUCUCGGAAAAGUUAUACAAAUGGAUGUGGCCUUGUUUGAGAUGAAUCAGUCUGAUUCAAAAGAAGAGGACAGUUCAGAAGAGAAUUCACAAGACAGUUCAGAGGACAGUUCAGAAUCUGAGGAUGAAGAUGAUAGCACCUCUUCUGAAGGUGAAGUCACCAUCGAUACCAUUAAGCUUCCUCAUUCAGAAGAUGGAAAAGGCAAAAUAGAGGUUCUGGACCAUCCUGCCAGUGAAAAAAAAGAAACAGGGAAAUAAACAAUCUGAGAAACAGGUGAUAGAUGCCUGCUAAUUCUGUGAAAAAGAAUGUGACUUGCUGGUUAUUUUGCAUUUCAGAUACCUAUGGUGCUUUUUUGCAAUAUUGAAUGUAUUUUGCUUCUUGGAGAAACAGAAGCUGGCUUUUAAAGAGUUGGAAGAGAGAACAUUUGGGGAUCUUCUAAGAGCAGACUGUUUUUGGUCUCAUGCUAAAGAGAUUUAGUUUAGAAAGCUUAACUUUAUGUAUGGUGAUGAGUGAAUUCGUUGGCAUCCUCUUUCAUCAGCACAGACUUCAGAAAUCUCAAACUUGUUUUAAAGUAAAAAUACAAGUUACCCGUUUGUUUUUGUUUUAAAUUGGCCUCUUGGAUAAAACAACCUAGGUUGGGGUUUUUUUUAGGUUAUUAUAAAGUCAAAUUUAUUUGUUACCAUCAAAAUGGGUUCAGUGAGGGAGAAAUUUUUUUUUUUUUAACAUCUUUAUUGGAGUAUAGUUGCUUCACAAUGUUGUAUUAGUUUCUGCUCUAUAACAAAGUGAAUCAGCUAUAUGUGUACAUAUAUAUACCCAUAUCCCCUCCCUCUUGCGUCUCCCUUCCACCCUCCCUAUCCCACCCCGAGGGAGAAAUUUUUUACAAAGAAAAGAAUUACUUAUAUUUAGAUACCCUCAGACAUAUCUACUUUAAUUAAAAAAAAAAAACCCUUUCCAGUUUGAGCUGGAAAACUGGUGCUCUGUGGUUUAAUCACUGUCAGUGACUCUGUAGCCUCUCAAUGCAUGUAGAAUUUACUGGUUGGAAAAAUUUGUGGGUUUUUUUGGUUUUGUUUUUUCUUUUUCUCAUAAAGCAAUUUGUCUGUUUGUUUCAGCUCUUAAAAUUAUUCCUUCCAGUUGCCCACAGUUUUGAAACCUAUUAAUUGUAGAGAAUAGGGACACCCCAGGAAAAUAGGGCACAGUACAUAAAAAAGGUAGUAACAGGUUUUCCCUUUCAAAAGGCAAAAUGAUCCUGCAUUGGAGUUGCCUUUCUGCCACAUUUCUUGAUCUUAUUUAACUUGUUUGGGAUCUCAUCUGCCAUGGGACUGGCUUUGCUCAGGAUAUAGACCUGAGAAUUUAAAGGACUGUCUCCAAGUGCAUUGAGCUGAUGGGACUUUGUUGCCUAAUAUUUUAGGAUUUUGUUUUAACUAUUUUUUCCUACUCCUCUCAUUAGCCUACGACAUCUUGUAAAUACUCUGAAGGUAAUUCUCCAAGUUCCUUCUGGUAUUUUUCAUUGGGAAUUGGAAAUUGGCUGUGCACUCAAGGUAUGCAGAAGUGAACAGAUCUGGAAACGAGACUUCUCAGCUGCAAAGGGUAUUAUGCUGUACUUUGUAGCACCAAACACAGCUGUGAUGAAUUACUGGUGUGAAUACUUAAGGAUUGUCUUCUACCAGAUAAUAUUUAUGCCGCAUUGUGGGAAGAGUUGCAUUCGUCUGGUUCACUCCUUAGCUUGGUGCAUGGUACACAGUAAGCACCGAAUGAUGUAGAUAAAUGAAUUAACAGGUAUAUUGAGGAUGUACAGGGCAUUUUAAGCCAUGGUAUCCAUGCAGAUAUGAAAGUGUAACUUCACCGGAAAUACAAAGCCAAGUAGAAAUAGUCUGAUGGUCAGUGAAAGAGACUAGUCAGUCUAGAAAUACAUACUAGUGUGUAGAAUUAUAUUUCUCUCCUGCCAUGGCCUUCUCAUAUAAUACAACUAGGUAUUCUAUACAGUUAAAGAAGUCAACUAAAUUCAGUUCCUCUGGACAUUCUUAUGACAUAGGAGGAAAAGGAAAAACAAAAAUUUAAUACGUAAUAGGGAUGUCGUUUUAAGUAAGUGUAAAAUGGUUGAAUUAUUUAAUAUACAGCGUCAGGGAUGGCUGUUUUCAAACAAAGUUGGAUACUAAGAUAAAUUAUGUAUGUCUUAAAGGUUUAAAUAUAAAGAAAUAAAAUUACAAGUUUCAUACUAAAAUAUAGGUGAAUAUUUAAUAACAUAGUUAAGCAAAAGUUUUUUUUUUUUUUUA